AUGAAUUUGGCUAACAAACAUGUCUCUUGUAACCAGGAAAAAACAGAUAAUGAGGAUGUUCGACUAUCUGAUAAUGACAAUGAAGAAGUUAAAGAUUCAGUUGAAGAAGAUCAGAAAAAUAGACAACAAUUAUAUCAAGAUUUAGAUGUUGAAAUGAAUGAUGAUCAAAACUCGACUGCAGAUGAAUCUCAAGCAAAUAAUGCAGAUGACAACGAAGAACAACAUGUUUCAUCAACAAUUGAUGUACCACCAGUCACAACAGCUGUGAUUGGGAAACAUCGACGUGUCGACCAUGUUUAUAUGUUACGUACAUCACCUUAUGGUUUACGUAAACGAAAAGGUGAAUGAUUACUUUACAAUGAUGAAAACAAAAAAUAACAUUUACAUUUUCUAUCUUUUUUUUUCUAUAUGAGCAAAGAUAUAAAACUACUUUGUCGUGUGACUAUAACUAAAGACUAACGAGUUCAUAGAAUCAAAAAACUACGACAGAGGUCUAGCUCAUGACUGUAAUUGCAUAUUAAAAAUAGUUGCAUUGUAAGUAUACUUACAAUGAAACUAUAUGCUAAGAACCUCAUAGUUACAAUGCAACUGUACUUUACUAUUAUUUUCUAAAUCAAGCAAUAAUUUGAGAAAUAUAUGUAAUAUUUUUCGACAAAACGUCAUUCGACGAAUUAUCAUUCGACGAAAAGUCAUUCGACCAAAAGCUAUUCGACGAAUAAUUGUUCGACGAAAAUGUUUCUGGCAUUCGACGAAAAGUUCAUUCGACUAAUGGCUCCCAACUCCAAUUCUGUACCUGUGUCAAAGGCAAAAUGUCACCGUUCCAUAUAUGGAACACUCGCCGCGAAAGGGUUAACAAUAAGACAUAACACAUAUCUUUCCUAAAAUCAUAAAGGUUGGAGAAAUAAUUCUGGUGUGAAAUUCCUGGCAAUUCCUAGGAAUUCCGAGUAAUUCCGGAAUUGGAAGCAGUUUCCGGAAUUCCGAAAUCAGAAGGAAUUUCUAGUAGUUCCAUCUCGACUCAAUUCCCGGAAUUCCGUACCGGAAUUACUUACUUAUCAUAGGGAUUAAUCUUCAACCAUACCA